UGCCCCCCCCGAACAGAGUAGUCCCCCCGCCCCCCCUCCGAUCUCCCAGCCGACUGCCAUGAAUUACCAGAGCGCUGCCAUGAGCCACCAGAGCCCUGCCAUGAGCCACCAGAGCCCUGCCAUGAGCCACCAGAGCCCUGCCAUGAGCCACCAGAGCCCUGCCAUGAGCCACCAGAGCGCUGCCAUGAGCCACCAGCCCGCACCCAUGGCACAGCCCCCACCGCCGAUCAUGAACCAGAGUCAGCCCGUCAGUCAGCACCAACCUCACCCCGUCAAACAGCAACCAAGUAGUCAACAGGCUUCGAACAGUCAGCCGAUCCAGGCUCAACCACAUCCGCAGAUUAAUAUACUUCGUGGCAACUCAAUGGAGAGCAGUCCCGGGCGCAGCGGAGACCCAGCCGUGGCGGGAGAGGCGCCCAGGUGUUCUGACUCCUCCUCCACCGCCUCCUCCGUGAGUCCUCCUGACAAGCGCUGUGACUCAGGCAUCCACUCGCAGGCUUCUUACUCAUCCUCAUCAGCAUCGCACUCCAAAUCGGGAUCUUCUGGUUCCGAAAGCUGCGUGCCUCUUGCCCCUGGUGCUGGCCCCCCUCGCUCUUCCAGUGUCGAUAACCUGUGUCGGAACCAGCCCCCGCCACCGCCCCCGGAGCCGUGCGUCAAGAGCCUCUCCCUGCAGCGGGGCGCCAUGCCUCCCUCCGUACAAACGAGCCAGGCCGACCAAGCCUCCGCCGCGGGCAAGUCGGGUCGGCUGAACAUCGAGGUGGUCGGCGGAGGCUACGGCUUCCUCCCGCCGUCGAAGUUCGUGGCCUCCGAGCCGGUCUACAGCGACGCCUCCACGCCGGUCGUGAUCAAGCGACGGAGCUCCGUGACGGCUGUCGAGCCCGACACGCCCCCCUACGAGCGCUCAGGCUCCUCCUUCAGCACAUUCACGGAGCCGCAGCUACCGCGGGCAGUCCUCCGGGGGCCCCACUACCCAGCGACCAAGGCCCAGACGGUGGCAUCGCAUGGCAUACGCGCGCGCCGCCUGCCCGCAGCCGACGCUAAGCAUAACACUAUUGCUGGGGUCGUUCCGCCUAAGGGCUUCCACCAGCCGGGCCACAUCGACUCGCGCUACUUUUCCGUGCCCGCCGUCAAGCCGCCAGCUGAUGUGCCCGUAAGAUUAUGAUUUGAUGGACCUGUAUCGUCUGAACGAGAAAGUCAGUGAAGGAAGGUAUGAGAUCAGUAGCACUUGGAAUUACGAGGAAGGAGAAGCAGGAACUUCAGGGUGCAUAUGCUCAUUCCAAGGAAUCUGCUGCGUAUUACCAGUAUGUGCAUGUGUAGAUGAAACGUACCAGUAACACAGUCUACGGGGACCAGAUGUUUACAGGACUGAACAGUUUAGAGUGAUAGUGAUGUAAGGUGAAAAUAUGUUAGUGAUAUGAGAUGAGGGAGACCUAAGUGUGCGUACCAGAUAAACAUGCUAAGAGGGUCUGGCUGCACUCAAUGAGGAAGACUAUACAGUCAUGUUAGAAGUGCACGUAUAGUCAUCGCUAGUCGUAGCUUUUUAAGAAGUGAAAACUAAGUCAGUAGUGUUAAACCCGGUGAAAAUGUUUGAGUGAAAGACAGGCCAUUGUUAGGACUGAGAAACUUGGGAGAAAGAAACACAGUGAACUCUGCAGACCCAUUAUAUACAUCUGUAACUAUGGCAUAUUGUUGCAUUAGUGGGAGUUUCCAGAUGGUCCUUGUAUGUGCUGAAUGUAGUGGUGGCUUAAUAGAGGAAAACUUCGGAAGACACAUAUCAGCUUGCUCUGGCACAAAGUGUAGAAGAGCAUUGUCUGACUUAGUAUGGAGAGCAUAUCCACAUAAUGUGACACUAAGCAUUUGCACAUCUCCCAGUUUAGAUGUUGGGUGUUCACGUCAAGUGCAACUGCUCAAUAUUGCCCUUUGUACCCAUUACAUAUAUCUAAACUCUCGUAGUUUCUUACGGAAUUGGAGUAACUUUGAAGAAAAAAAAUAUGCCUUAAAGGGAGUUGUGACAAGACUAAAUACUGAUUGUAAAUCAUGUGUGGUGUACAACAAAAUACAUUGAAUGAUUUAAAAUCAUUUGUGAUGUUCCAGAGAAUGCUUUUAACUGAUUGUACAUUGUAUGCGAUAUACCAGACAAAUGCUUUUCUUAAAGUUAAUAAGAAAAUAGAUUUUUUGUAUGAGGUCACACAGCAUAAGCAUGUAGCUUUAGACAAUAAGUGUUUUUCCAAAUGUAAUGCAUGGUUAUGUUCUGGUCAGUGAUGAACAAUCCUAUGAGACAGAAUGCAUAUGGAAUUUCUGUUUUACAAUUCACAUGUGAUUCAAAUUGGAUCAGAGGUUUGUCUCGUUUGUACUGAAACUUAAUAUUCAGGUUUUGUGAAUAACAGAUACUCAUACAAGGAAAAAAAUUGAUUAAAUUUACAGAAAAGGCAAAGUUUAUUUCAGUCCUUUUUGUUGAUGAAUGUGCUUAUUUGAGAAUGACGUAAAUGUAAAAAAAAAAAAAGAUAUCAUUAAGAGUUUUCCAAAAAAGUACAUAGUUCUUAAACCUCUAAAGAUGGUAUUUAACACAGCAGUGGAUAUGUUGUCAGCAUUAAUGCAUGAAUGUACAGAAUCCUCUUAAUUGUGUAUAGAGGAUGACAUUUGUAAGUUGUCAUGAGUUAUCUUGAUGGAUUAGUGUUGAUAUACUUACACUUUUUGUCUCUGUUUUGUCCUAUCUGAAAUGUAAUAUAUGUUGGUAUACAGUAUGAUGCCGUAUACACAUAUAUGUCCUAAUAUAAUUUAAACAAUUAUGAUUCCUAAUAUUAUAUUUUCAAAUAUUAAAUUUUAUUUUUGCAAAUAAGAUUUUGCUUAUUUGUAAUUUUAUAUAACGGUUGUAUUCCAGAGUUGUAUAUAUCGGAGAACUUUUGUGAGGUGUGUAAAUAUAUACAAUAAGCUGUUAGAGGAGGCAUGAAAGUGCUAUUGAUCAUGCUGAAGAUCAAUAAGGGUCAUUAUCCCAUGAAUCAAAAUUUUAGUUAAGAAUCCUUAGCUUUACCAGUUUCAAUGAAAGGAAAGAAAAGGAUAUUGGUAUUUGGAAAUGGAAAAAAAAAAGAACAUAAAAGUGUUCAGGGUAUAUACUAUGAGUCUGUGCUAGAAAGGUGUCUUCAAUAGAGGUAUGUUAUCAUUGUGAGAUUGUUAUUUAGGACUUUUCGUUUGAAAGGGGGAGGGAAAAAGGGGAGAGGAUAAAAAUAAACCCUGAAUUCUUAAAUAUAAGAUUUACUCAUUAAAAAAAAAAAAAAGAAUUAUGAUAAAUAUAUAAAGUCAUAUAUUUGGAAUUGCUUUCAUGUAAUUAUGGAUGUGUUACAUAAACAAAGACUAUUUUUCUUUUUGCAUUACUUCCAUCUUUAUUGUUUUAUCCUGUGUGAAGGUCAAGGCUAGGAAUAUGUUAUAUAUGAACAUGUGUGUAUAUUCAUGUUUGUGAAUGUGUGUUUGUGUCUGUUGUUUUUUUAAUGUGUCUGUAUCCAUAUUCAUGUCAGAGUGUGCAUGUACAUGAGAGUGAGAGAGAGAGUGAGAGUGUGUGUGUGAGAGUGAGAUUGAGAGAGAGAGAGUGAGAGUGAGUGAAUGAGUGAGAGAGUGAGUGAAUGAAUGAAUGAAUGAGUGAGUGAGU